AUGGCCGAAAAAAACGAACGUACGAAACACGAACAAAAUACCUCGCAACAUUUGAAAAAAACAGACAACGCACAGCAGCAAAAUCACCCGAACAGCGCCGCCGAAAAUUCCACAACAAACAACUCCAGUGAAUUUGCAUAUGACCCGGAAGAUGAUAGAAAAAUAUACAUCGGAUGGUUGAGAGAAGAAAUAACUGAAAAAGACUUAAGUGAACACUUUGGUAAAUUUGGUGAAAUCAAUUAUAUUGAUUUCAAAGUAGAUACUGCCACUGGUCGGAGCAGAGGGUUUGCUUUCAUUGUAUUCAAGACAAAAGAAGGCAUGGACAAUGCCUUGGCAUGUAAUAAUCAUCUAAUCAAUGACAUGAAAAUUGAACCUAAAAAAGCUAUACCACAGCGUAUUAAAUUAUUUGUUGGAGGAUUGUGUUCAAGAAUGUCCGAUGAUGACAUCAAAAAUUAUUUCAAACGUUACACACCUCAUGUAAUAGUUGAGAUGAAAUUUGAUAGAGUGAAUAACAUACGAAAAGGUUUUUGCUUUGUUAUGAUUGAUGACCCUAAGGCAGUAACUGAAAUAUUAAGAUUGCCAAGACAUGUGAUCAGGCAUAAACAAGUUGAUAUAAAUAUAGCAGACGUUAAACUUAGGAAUAAGAGAUUUAUACCUGGUGCUUUGGGAUCUAUGAAUCUUUCACAAGGGAACGUUAUGGGCCAAGGAGGGUUUCUACCUCAAGCAGGUUAUGCCCUCCAUGCACCAGGUUACCGCUAUGGAGGUUAUGGUUAUUAUCCACCAUACACAGGAUACUAUCCUAACUACCAUUAUAGUUAUGGUUAUCCAAGUUAUGUUGCUAGAGCUGAAGCAGGUACCUGGUCUGAAGGCAAUGAAGCAAGUGGUGUCAAUGGAAAUCAUAUUGUGGAGUAA